AUGGAGGGUGGACUCAUCAUUACUUUCAUAUCGGUGGCGAUGUUUGUGGGUUGUUUCCUACUUGGAUUCAUCCCGCUGCUGUUCAGACUGUCCGAGAAAAGCCUGCAGCUGAUCACUGUCCUCGGGGCUGGACUCCUGUGUGGCACCGCACUGGCCAUCACCAUCCCAGAGGGAGUGGGUUUACUGGAGGAGUCAUGGAUUGCAUCCUCCUCCUCCUCUGAUGGGCCUUCCUCUCUGAAUGGCAGCGACAAAAACACAAUCUCCACAGAGAGAGGCCGUCCGCCGCGCUUCUUCAUCGGAGUGGCCCUAACGCUGGGUUUCACCUUCAUGUUUGCAGUGGAUCAGAUUGCAAGUUACAUCUCCACGCGUGGCCAAGCAACUCAGCCGCACAAAAGCGUCGGCGUCACUACCACGUUGGGGCUGGUGAUUCACGCUGCAGCCGAUGGAUUUGCUCUCGGAGCUGCUGUGUCCACGGGUCAAGUGACAGUGCAAGUCAUAGUAUUUUUUGCAGUGAUUCUACACAAGGCGCCCACAGCUUUUGGUUUGGUCUCGUUUCUGAUGCACUCAGGACUCGAGAGGAAGUACAUCCAGGGACACCUGCUGGCCUUUUCAGCUGCCUCACCUAUAGUUGCCAUCACCUCUUACUUCAUAUUACAUUCAUCUGGCAGCUCGCCUCAGAACCAGCUCAGCUCCACAGGCGUGGGAAUGCUCUUCUCAGCUGGGACUUUCCUUUACGUGGCCACGGUGCACGUUCUCCCGGAGAUCAACAGCGGCAGAGCAGACCAGGGCCCACCCUCCUCUGACCCCCAGCAGCCCACCGCGGGAGCUGAGACCCACCAGCGGCGCCACGUGGGGCUCCUGGAGAGCCUCACUCUCAUCUUUGGGGUCGUGCUCCCCAUGGUGCUGGCACUCGGGCUACAUGACGACUGA